GAUUUUUUUCGCCACCUACAACGCAAUCUGAUGGAGAUCUAGAUCCCGCGUCCUUCGUUGUUUUUUAUCCACCUCGCCGCCUUGUUUCAAGCAUGUCUAAGUUUAAGCUUUGCAUUAUAGGUGGAAUUUCAUUUACAUUCAAAGCUUUUUAUUUCUUGCCCUUGACCCUCCUUUAUCCUGCGCCAAAACCUCCCCUGCGAAUGCGGGGCCCCCGGAUACUUUUAGUGCGACAUUUUUGCCGCCUCUUAAUCUAUCCACUCUGGAAACGUGGACCGAUUUUCCAACGAUGCAAUCAUACAACUAUUCCGGUAGCGGCACGGAGGGAGGAAGCCUGGGCUGUGAAUCUAAACACAUAAAUACCUUCACCUCGCCCGUUUCCUGACGUUU